CUGAGCAGGGCCAGAGAUCGAACCCGCAUGCUCAUGGAUACUGGUUGGGUUUGUAACCUUCUGAGCCAAAACUAGAACGCCCUCAAAUAUUUAUUGACUGUUGUAUGUCAGAUUCCUUCCUAGGGGUUGGGGCCAUAAUAAAUACUUGCCUCAGUGAUCCAUCACGGGCCUAGAACAGGGACUGGCCGGUAAGAGGUGCUCAGUAAAUAUAUGUUGAACUAAUGAAUGUAAGUGGUGAAAACAGCAGGGAUUUUUGUGGUUUUCUCAGCUCUAACCCCAGCUCCUGGAACAGCACCUGGCACACAGUAGGUGCUCAAUACGCAUAUGUUGAAAAAAAUGACCGUAAACGCGAAGAAGCCUGGGCAGAGGCCUCUGUUUUUCGAGACUCUCUCCUUCGCUCCCAGUCCCGUGCCUGGCACAUAGUAGGUGCUCUGCAAGCACGCGCCUGCGCACGCGAGCGUUUCUCCUUGGGCCUCCCUGACUCCGCCCCUGCCUGGGGGAGGAGCCUGCCGGGUUCUCUCUGUGACGUCACAAAGGCCUCCGCCAUGCCUCCGGCCUUGGCCCUUCUGCUGCUCCUGGGCCUGAGCGCCCGCCGAGGCUGGGGCUGCCUGCAGUGUGACCUCUCGGUGCUGGAGGCCCUGAGCCAGCUGCGUGUCGCUCUCAUCCCCAGCCGCUUCCAAGUACAGCAGCUGCGGGCCCGCGCUCAGGCCCUGCUGCUGGGCAUGGAGGGGCCCUUCUUCCGAGACUACGCGCUGAAUGCCUUUGUGGGGAGAGUGGGGAUAGAACAGCUGGACCUUGUGGCGUCCUUUAUCAAGAAUCAAACAAACAGCUUAAAGGUUAAUUCUCUGAGAGACAGGCCUCUGCUGGAUGAACUGGUGGCUCUUCGGGAGAGGGUGAUCAAGGAACUCAAGAAGGCUUUAAGAUCGUAUGAAUUAAAAGCCUGCGAUCCCAAAAUUUGCCUCUUGCUGAAAGACGAGGUCUUGGAUUGUUUACAUUGCCAGAGGAUUAGUCCCAAAUGCAUCAAAGAAAACUACUGUUUCGUCGACGGGCAGCCCCGCAUGGACCUGCAGUACCAGAAGGAGAGCGGAUCCCUGCGGAAUCGGGCCAUGUUCGGCAGCAUCAUUUCCGUGUGUCUGGCUGUCCUGGCCUUUGGAGUCAUCGUGGCUUCGUGAGUCAUCCUUACCCUCUCCUGAGGUCCCCAAAUGGCCCUGGGCCCCUCAAAAAUGACAUGGCCCUGGAUGGGUCACUGUGUCCUUUGGGAGUCUCCUCCCCAGUCUCUUUAUGCCUCUGUCUCUUUCCCUCCGUCUCUCUCUCUC